AUGUCUGUGGAAAUAAAUUAUGAUAAAAAUAUAAAAAAUACAAUAGAACUUAAAGUAGAGAAAGAAACACAUAGUCUUGGUAGUAGUUUGUCAGAUAAACUUUGUAAAGAUAAAAGAUGUAUUUUUAGUUCUUACAAAGUAUGCCAUCCUAAAGAUGAUUUUAUGUUUCUUAGAGUAAGUUGUGAUGAUGCUAUUUCAGUUAAAGACUGUAUUGUAGAAAAUCUUGUUGAUCUUGAGAAUAUAACACAAGAUCUUAUUAAUCAGAUUAGUAAUUAA